CGGCCUGCGUGGGCGACACUCCUUUUCCGCAGCUAUAAGGGCCUCGGGCCUCAGCGCUUCUUCCCACACCUCGCGCCACCCGGAGCUCGUCCAAGCGCGGAGCCGCCUUCACCAUGGAGCAGCUGAGCACAGCCAACACCCAUUUCGCCAUGGACCUGUUCCGCGCUUUGAAUAAGGACAAUCCUACUGGGAACAUCUUCAUCUCUCCCUUAAGCAUUUCAUCAGCGCUGGCCAUGAUCUUUCUGGGGACUCGAGGUGAUACUGCCGCACAGGUGUCCAGGACUCUUCAUUUUGAUACGGUUGAGGAGAUUCAUUCAAGAUUUCAGAGUCUGAAUGCUGAUAUCAACAAACGUGGAGCUUCCUAUAUCCUGAAACUUGCUAAUAGGUUAUAUGGAGAGAAGACGUAUGAUUUCCUCCCUGAGUUCCUAGCUUCAACUCAGAAAAUGUAUGGUGCUGAACUGGCCAGUGUGGAUUUUCAGCAAGCCUCUGAAGAUGCGAGGAAGGUGAUUAAUGAGUGGGUCAAAGGGCAGACGGAAGGGAAAAUUCCGGAACUGUUGGCCACAGGUACGGUUGACAGCAUGACUAAACUCGUGCUGGUGAAUGCCAUCUAUUUCAAAGGCAGCUGGGAGGAUGAGUUCAUAAAGGAAGCCACUGCCGAUACACCAUUCCGGUUGAAUAAGAAAAACAAAAAAACCGUGAAAAUGAUGUAUCAGAAGAAGAAAUUCCCAUUUGGCUACAUCCAGGACCUUAAGUGCCGUGUGCUGGAACUGCCUUACCGGGGCAAGGAGCUCAGCAUGAUUAUCCUCCUGCCGGAUGACAUUGAGGAUGAGUCCACGGGUCUCAAGAAGAUUGAGGAACAGUUGACUCUGGAAAAACUGCAUGAGUGGACCAAAGCUGAGAAUCUGGAUCACAUUGAAGUCAACGUCCACUUGCCCAAGUUCAAGCUGGAGGAAAGCUACGACCUCAACUCCCACCUGGCCCACCUGGGUGUACAGGAUCUCUUUAGUCGCAAGGCUGAUCUGUCUGGCAUGUCAGGAGCCAGGGAUCUUUUCAUAUCAAAAAUUGUCCACAAGUCCUUUGUGGAAGUGAAUGAAGAGGGCACAGAGGCGGCGGCUGCCACUGCAGGUAUUGCCACCUUCACCAUGUUGGUGCACGAGGAGAACUUUGUUGCCGACCAUCCAUUCAUUUUCUUCAUUCGGCACAAUCCCUCAUCUAACAUCCUGUUCUUGGGCAGGUUUUCUUCCCCUUAGAGACUGGAAAUACAAGGUCAAGCUUAGAGCUUUAUUACCUGCACUUUUAAUGGUGACAGUUUUCACACAUCUUUGCCAAUACCACUACCAUCCCUAAGCAGAUCUUUAAUUUCCCUUGUAAGUUCAGCUCUUUACUGUUUACAUACACCCAUGAUCUUUGGCACAGGUAUCUAUUUUCCUAUUUUUUUUUAUAUUGACUAAGUCCAGUGAUUUACUUUUGAAUGCAAGUCAAAAAAAAAAAAAACCCAAGAAAUCAGAUGUGUAGAUUCUUGACAACAUAGUAGUGUAUGAAGUAGCUAUGCUCUCCUGAUAGCCAAAGGAAACAUGAUAAUUCUGUAAUUUAUUUUACAGAUAAAAUUUUGGAAGCCCAAAUAGAUAUGAUUAUAGAAGGGAGGCUUAAAAACGGAUAUUCAAUUGAAAUAUAGAGCCUCAAUUAAGGGCCUGGGUUGUGAAGACAAACUUGCCUUGGCCAAUAUUUCUCAUCCCUUAUUCUACAAGAUCAGUAUUUUUGGUUGUUCUUAUUCUUUCAAACUGUUGAAGAGCCAUAUGGUGAUAGCCUGCCUUCCCCUUUUUGUUCUCCUUUAUCCUACCUGAUGUGGCGUUUGUGUGGGAUCACCUGGGGUCAAGAAGUAGGUGUCUUAUAAUAAAAGAUGCCAAGAGAUGACAGAAAGAAUAAUGUAGUGGGAGAGACUGUUAAGCAAAGAGGGGGGUGCCAAGAUCUCGCUUGUUAACCAUCUUCUUGCAUGUUUUCUGAUGAAGGUUCUUGACUUCCAUCAUGUGAUACAGGUUUUUGUGGCAAUGGAUGGCUUUAUGCAGUGCUGUGGCGGGAGGUGGGGGGUGGACUCUGAUUAAUAUACGUGUACUCCUUGGAAUGAGGCUUGAAAUGCUGCAUUUUCUUGUUCCCACAAAACUAGUGGGCUGGUUAGUAAAUUUUCCUAAGAUUCUA